AUGGCAGCCCGGCGCUCCGCCUGCGACGCCCUGCGCCCCGGGACUGGCCGGUCCGGGCAGCAGCCGCAGCCGGCGCCGAGCGUCCGCGCGUCUCCUAGCGACGCUGCCGCACAGAGCGCGCGCCUGCGCAGCGCCGCCGCCCCUGCAGCGCGCCCUGCCGCCCCACGCACCCCGUCCUGGAGCCACGCCAGCGAGCCGAUUGUCGCCGCUGCCCGCGCCGGGCCGGUAUCCUCUGAGGGGUUAAUUACCCAGCUGGGCCAAGUGCGCGCUCGCCCUGUUCGGCCGCGCACAGUGAGGGAACGGGCUGCGACGUCGGAUUUAAUUAGGCGUUUGUUUCCGGGCGGGGCUUCCGCUGCGGACACGCCCACAGCGCCGCCGCGGUCCGCGCCGGACAAAGGCCGCGGCGGAAAGGCGCCACCAGCGGCCGCAGGAUUCAACGGCGGCGGCGGCGGCGGCGGCGGCGGCGGCGGCGGCGGCGGGCGGCGACGGAAUGGAGACGGAGGCGUGUUGUCACCUGCAGCAGGAGCGGUCACGCCACGGUGCCGCGAGCGUGUAAACGGCGCGGAGGUGUCGGCCAGGGUGCGGAACGGUGACGAUGGCUGCCACGUCACGCCAGGCGGAGCGCGCCCUGCUACUCACCGCAGGGUGGGGCAGGCAGUUCUCCGCGGCCCGCGAAUCUCGGCGUCGCUGGCUGCCAGCUCGCAGUGCGACCGCCGCGUGUAUAAUGCAUCCAGGCCGGCGGGCCCGCCGCUGCACAGCCGCCCGCCAACAUAA